AUGGAAACAUCUCAAGGUGACUCGUGGUCAGCAAGAGCAUUCAGAGCUCUAGAUACUGAAGCUAAAGGCUACUUAGUUAGAAAUGAGAUUCUCUCACUUCUCAGAAAUCAAGGGGUCUACAAUCAUCAUUCUCUCUAAGAACUUAUUAAAAACCUAGAGGCUAUGAAUGAAAAUGAUCAUAUUAAUUUCUAGCAAUUUUGUGAUCUCACUCAUGGACUCUUCUUCUUAAAAAGAGUUCUAGAAUGGGACUUAACUAUCCCUCAUUUUGAUAAGUUUAGAACCAACCUUGAGAAUGGCUAUAAUAAAGUUAAGCUUGAUGUUAACAAUGAAUAUUCUUGGGGAGAAGUAGCAACUUACAUCCCUCCUCUCGCAAAAGCAGAUCCACUAUGGUUUGCUACUGGAUUUUGUUCCACAGAUGGUUAAUUCUGCCAGUUUGGUGACACCAGUAAGGUCUUCUCCAUUCAAUCAAUAGGCAAAGUGGUAGCAUACUCCUUCAUUCAUAAUAUUAUGGGCGAAGAUGUUCAUAAUUUUGUAGGAAAAGAACCAAGUGGUGUUGCCUUCAAUGCUCCAGUAUUUGAUAAGUAAGGCAAGCCUCAUAAUCCAAUGGUAAACACUGGUGCUAUCAUGGUCUGUUCUCUCAUCGUACAUCAAGGCAAAAAUAUCUAGGAUUUAUUGGAGUUCUACAAAAGAGCAAGUGACUAGGAAGUUAUAGAGGUAGAUGAGGAACUUUACUUAGAAGAGAAAUUAACAGGUUACACAAACCACGCAUUAACGAAUUUAAUGUUAGCGAAUAAUGUGUUUCCUAAGAAAGCCAACCCUUAAGAAACUAAAGCCUUUUCUGAUGAAUCCCUCGACCUUUAUUUUAAGAAUUGCUCAGUAUUAGUAAACACUCAAUCUCUAGCUAAGUUUGGUGCAAUGUUGGCCAAUAAUGGUAUUAAUCCAUCAACUGGGGAUCGUAUCUUAAGGCCGAAUACGGUUAAGUCAGUAGUCACCCUAAUGACCUCAUGUGGUAUGUAUGAUGGUGCAGGUAGCUUCAUUAAAGAUCUUGGAGUUCCUUCAAAAUCUGGAGUAUCUGGAGGACUUUUAAGUGUUAUCCCAGGAUUAGGAGCAUUUUCUACUUGGUCUCCUCCCCUAAACAAAGAGGGCAACACUGUUAGAGGAAUCUAAUUGAUCCAUGAAUUGAGUGCAAUCUAUAAUAACUUCAACUUGUUCCAUAGAGAUGUCAACAUAGCUGAUGUUACUAGGAAGCCAUUUUAGACAUUGAUUCAAACCAUCAUUUCCGCUUGCGCAUGCGCAGCUAAUGGGGACCUUGAAGGUAUCUCAAGAUUAUUCAACUCUGGAGUAGAUUUGACCAAAGGAGAUUAUGACACCAGAACCCCACUCCACUUGGCUGCUGCUGGUGGACAUUUACAUGUAGUAAAGUAUUUGAUUGAAAUAUGUGAAGUUCCACACAGUCCAAGAGAUAGAUGGGGAGCGACUCCUCUGAAUGAUGCUAAAAGUAGGGACGUUAAUGAUUACUUAGUAACAAAAGGUGGUGAGAGAGGAAAGGAUCAACCAGAGUACAGUGAAAUUCCAAACUUAACUGUUAGUGAUGAUUAGUAUAGGCUAUUUUAUGCUGCUGCUGAGGGAGAAGUAAGACUGAUGAAGAGUCUUCAUCUCAAAGGUUGGGUUAUUGAUUCUUACGAUUACGAUGGCAGAUCUGCACUUGGCCUAGCAGCUUCAGAAGGCCAUAAUGAAGCAGUAUAAUAUUUGAUUGACCAUGGAGCUAAUCUUGAUCAUAAAGAUGCCAGAGGGAACACUGCGCUUGAUGAUGCAAUUAGAGAAAAUAGAGCUGAGACUAUUGAAAUACUCAGAAAAGCAUUAGAGUAGAAAAAAAUUUGA